UCGACACUUGCGCAACGCUACAACUGAGAUGACGUCGUGCUGCUGCCCGUUUGUGUUAAUGUUGGUUUCAGUGGUCGCUGUGAAAAGUGCGACCCUUCCGUGUUACUCGGCGGACGAUUCGUGGACUUACAACAACCUGGAAUCUCCCAAAGUCCCGAUCUUCGACACGACCCCCUUCAAAGAGGCUCCGUCGUCUUACGUCUCGACCAACGCCCGACGCCACUAUUACAGACGGCCAGUAUUGAACGGUCACAGUUCCCAAGUGAACGCCUAUUGGAUUCGACCAGCCCCUUACUACCCUCCUCAUCCUCCUCCUACCGCUGUUGCUGCGUCGCACAGACAGGCCCAGACUGUCGUCAUCGUUUUUCACCAAGAAGAAUAA